GCUAAAAUAACACAAUCUAAUUCACUUUUCUAUUCACUAAUUUUUCAAUUCUUCUGUCUAAAUUCACAGAAUUUUAUUUUCUGAAAAUAUUCUCAUGCUUGAAAGGUUCAUCAUUUAAUAAUAGUGUUGUGUAUUUAAUAUAAUGUCAUUUCACGCGAAAAGAAAUUCAAAUAGUAGUAAUGAAGAUGGUUCGGAUUCAAGCGGACAGAUGCCCGAAGUUUCAAGUAAAGAUGAAUCUGGGAAACGAAUUCUGUGUCCAUUAGCUCUAAGAGAUCGCGGUUACUCUAUAUUGGAUCAAAUUGGUGGUGGAGCUUUUUCCGAGGUCUAUAAAGCUCGAUAUGCACCAUUGUUGGACAAAGAUAUUGCUGUUAAAAUAAUUUCCUUGGAUAAAGUGCCACAACUGUGGAAAGAAAAAUCACUACGAAAGGAAUUGAAAAUCAUUCGUCAUCUUCAACAUCCAAACAUUAUAAGAGUCUGGGAUAUAAUUAAAACUCGUCGUUCUGUAUAUAUUUUUAUGGAAUUUGCUGAGAACAAUUCAAUUCUUCAUUUCUUACAAACAACCUCAAAACCAAUUCCAGAAGAUGAUGCUCGUCUAUGGAUUUCUCAGACAGCUUCAGCGUUGACUUACAUGCACUCUAAGGGAAUUGCUCAUCGAGACUUGAAAAAUGAAAAUAUACUUUUAGAUCGAGAUAAUAACGCUAAAUUAACAGACUUUGGAUUUGCUUGUUUCACUUAUGAUCGUAUUACCAAUCAACCAGCUUCUGCACCAACAUGUUGCGGAACCUUGGCUUAUAUUUCCCCUGAAGUAAUGACACCUCCAUAUGACUCUAAAAAGGCAGAUUGUUGGAGCUUUGGUGUUUGUAUUUAUGAAAUGUUGACCAAUUCAAGACCUUUCGAUGAAUCACUGAGUCAACCUAAAUUUCGUCUAAACCAAUUGGAUAAAAAAUAUACUUUUCCAGAAAGUAUUGACCUCUCUCCUGAAGGCAAAGAUUUAAUUGAUAAACUAUUGGAACCUGAUCCAUCGGUUCGUUAUACCGCUUUUCAAACUAUAUCUCAUCCUUGGGUGAUUAAACCUUUUGCUUUUGCAUUCAACGAUUAACAUUUAAACAACAUCAUAAUACGUUACUCCAAUAAAGAUAAUCUAAAAGAUUGUGGUUCUUCAAACCUUGUUUGGAAAUAAAAUAAUAUGCUUAUGUUAAUAAUUAUGGUUAAUAUUUAUUCAUAGUUAAUCUUAUUGUCUCGCAUCUUUUCCUCUUUGAAACAAAAUUGUAAUCUCAAACUGAUUCAGAUCCUUGUUUAUAAAACAAUAUCAAGUGUUGAUCUUAAAUUUAUCAAUAAAAAUAUGCAUAUGAACCUCACAGC